ACACGGGGAUCUUUCCAAAACUAGUUUCUCCUUCCUCUUGUCUUUUUCAGGGUGCCUAUUCUUCUCUUCUUCCCACACUCUCCUCUUUUGACUCCCUUCAUUUCUUCACUUCGCUUCUUUUAUUUUGAAGUUUGAAAUCCGUAGCUUUUUGUUUUUUUGUUCACUUUAUCUUUACAUUUUCCUCUCAAUUUUAUCUCUUUCCCAUUUAUACUUGAAGAGCGGGAAUAAGAAGACUAGAACAGCACCAAGAGAUCUGUUUUACCUGAUAAUGCUCCAUUUUUAGGAGGAUAAGUCACUUUCAUUUCAUGUUAUCUUGAAGUUUAGCAGCACUGAGAGGCAUAUUAAAGGUUGUGAAAGAAUAGAAUUUGUUUCUGAAGUUGCAAGAAGUGAGAGGUACCGGCUGUAGAAAUGGAUCAGUAUGAGAUACUAGAACAAAUCGGCAAGGGGGCUUUUGGUUCAGCCCUUCUUGUGCGGCACAAACUUGAGAAAAAGAAGUAUGUCCUGAAGAAGAUCCGACUUGCUCGUCAGACUGACAGAACACGCAGAUCUGCUCAUCAAGAGAUGGAGCUGAUUUCUAAAAUAAGGAAUCCAUUCAUCGUGCAGUAUAAAGACUCGUGGGUGGAGAGGGGUUGCUAUGUCUGCAUUAUUAUUGGUUACUGUGAAGGAGGUGACAUGGCAGGUGCCCUUAAGAGAGCUAACUGCAUUCAUUUCUCUGAAGAGAAACUCUGCAAGUGGCUUGUUCAGCUUCUAAUGGCGCUUGAUUACCUGCAUAUGAACCAUAUUCUGCAUCGAGAUGUUAAGCUUUCAAACAUAUUUUUGACGAAAGAGCAAGAUAUACGUCUCGGUGAUUUUGGUCUUGCCAAACUGUUAACUUCAGAUGAUCUUGCUUCUUCUGUGGUUGGAACUCCAAGUUAUAUGUGUCCUGAACUUCUCGCUGAUAUACCUUAUGGCUCAAAGUCUGACAUUUGGUCAUUAGGUUGCUGCAUCUAUGAAAUGGCGGCUAUGAGACCUGCAUUUAAGGCUUUUGACAUGCAGGCACUGAUCAACAAAAUAAACAGAUCGAUUGUCUCCCCACUUCCAACCAUGUAUUCUGGCCGAUUUAGGGGUCUUGUUAAGACAAUGCUUAGGAGAAACCCUGAACUCCGGCCUAGUGCAGCUGAGCUUCUCAGGCAUCCUCAUCUUCAACCAUAUGUUUUCAAAAUAAAUCUCAAGUUUGAUAACCCAAGAAGAAACACUUUACCAGUAUCCUAUUAUGACAACCCAAGAAAACCUAGAUACCUCGAGGCCGAGGAGAUUCCAAAGCGUUGUAUUGACAGAGAGAAACGAAGAUCAUCAUACAGUAAUGACCGAACCCAGAAUCCGAGCAUCUCCGGGCCUGAACCGGACUCCCCGUAUUCUAUCAGACAGCAACCCGGAUAUUCAACUUAUAUGAAUAGAAAGUUUGAGGAGUUGUCCAUUGGUAGCUCACACAAGGAGAUUGGAGUUGAUAAGCCUAUAAUGGCUAAGGGUUCUUCCACUGUUGCAAAAACUCCUAGGUUAUCAACAACACCUUCAAAAGGUACUGCUGCUUUUAGGAGGCUUUCAACACCCUCUCAGAUCUCUACUAAUGGCUCCAAUCGCACCUCUCUUCCCAUGUCUCAUACUCCGGCCACCAAAUACUCUAGGUCAACACGUAGAGCUUCCUUACCGUUACCAAUGUCAAGCAACAAAAGCAACAAGGCAGCAGCAGACAAUGAGACUCGAUAUAACUCCCACACGGGUUUCCUUCACAGUGUAAUGUCACCUGAUGUAUCAGUCAACGCCCCACGUAUUGACAAGAUGGCCGAGUUUCCAUUAGCAUCUUCAGAGAGCCCUCUUUACCAACCUGUAAACAGAACCUCAUCAACCUCUGCUCAGUGUUCUUCCACCUCCCCAACAAACGUUCCUGAUCGUUCAAUGAUGAAGGACAAAUGCACGGUACAAUUAGUAGACCGAGCCUUGAACAAGAACAAGACUAAUUUGGUUAAUGAAAAUUCGGAGCAGAAUCAAGUAAUCAGUGGUGGUUUAUCGAGCAAAUCAUCGUCAGAAUCAAGGCAACGGCGUUUUGAUACCAGUUCGUUUCAACAACGAGCUGAAGCGUUAGAAGGUUUGCUUGAGUUUAGUGCUCGGCUUUUGCAGCAGGGGAGACACGAUGAGCUUAGUGUGCUGUUGAAGCCUUUCGGUCCUGAGAAAGUUUCUCCUAGAGAAACUGCUAUUUGGUUGGCUAAAAGCAUCAAAGAGACUGGUGCAUAGCUAGUACUUUCUUCCACGACUAGCCCAGCCCGACCCGUUAAGUUUCAGCCCGUCCCAGACCUAACACGACCCGUUGAACAGGUCUAGUACUCCCUUGUACAUUGGCUAGUGAUUUUUAAUUUAAAAUUGCGUGAACUUUAUUUAGUUUAGGGCCUCGGAUCAGAAUCCUUAGUUAGGAUUAGACGUGUUCAAUGGGCUGGGGGCCUAUUAAAAGCCUGAAACCAGUUUUUUUUCAAAAGGCCCAGCCCAUUUAAUUUAGGCCCGACCCGACCCUAACCUGGCCCAAUGAACAGGUCUAGUUAGGAUUAUGGUUUUUGUGUGAUUUGUCGCGGAGGUUUGGAAGCUGUUGUUUAGAGUUGUUGCAGCAGCUUCUAAUUCUGUUGAUCCUCGCGAUAACCAUUACCGGUGCAAGCGAAAGGUGCUAGUGUGCUACAUGUACUUGUAUAAUGUCUAUAUUGUGAUUCUAACAAGUGCUCUUAAGGAUGAGUUGUAAGCUAUUUCUUCCCCCUUUUUCCUUGGGAAAGAAGUGUUUCUGAAAUCUGAAUGCAUGAGUUGCUGAUGAGUGGGUUAUACACUUA